AUGAGGAAGAUUAAUCUGUUACUUCGUAAAAAUAAAAGGGAGCUUGACAGGUCAAUGAAUCAGCUUGUACCUUUAAAAAAGAAGACGGAAACAUUAAUAAAGAAAGCAGUCAAGCAGAAAGAUAUGAAGAGUGCCAAGAUAUAUGCCAAAGAGCUUGUUCACAUCAACAGACAAUAUAAUAAAUUAUAUACAUCAAGAACAAGGAUAGAUUCUAUAAAUAUGUCAGUAAAUGAGCAGUGGCAGAUGAACAAAUUAACAAACUCAUUGCAGUCGCUGACUGCCGUAAUGAAAGAUGUUAAUCAGUUGGUCCACCUUGGAGCUAUAACAGGCACAAUGCAGGAGUUAUCUAAAGAAUUGAUGAAGGCUGGGGUAAUUAAUGAGAUGAUGGAUGACAUGGUUGACCUAGAAUUCGAGGAUGAUGAACUAGAAGGUGAAUCAAAUGAAGAAAUUGAUAAGAUAAUAGAGAACUUGACGAAGGAUCAAUUGUCCAAAGUUGGCAGUGAGGUUCCAAGCACGCAGAUUGAAGAAACCCCUGAGAAGCAAGAAAUUGAAGCACCGCAAGGAAUGGAUGAAGAUACAGAAGCCCUAGAUGAGAUGAGAGAAAGGUUGAAAGCACUACAGGAGUAA